CAGCAAACCCCACAACUUCUGCAUCUAGCUACUUAUAUAUAUAUUUUUUGGUAAUAAAAUGGCUCCGAGCAUUGGAAUUGCCUCCGCAGCGGUGGCGGCGCCGCAGCAAAGGAAGGGCGGCGAUGAGGCGGCACUGCGGCGGAGGAACGAGGAGUUGGAGAGGGAGCUGAAGAAAAGUUUGGAGAGGGAGGAGAGAAUGAAGGAGGAGCUGAUGAGGGUGUGGGAGCGGCUGAGUGUGGCGGAGGAGGCUGAGGAGCGGCUGUGCUGCCAGCUCGGCGAGCUGGAGGCGGAGGCAGUCAGCCAGGCCCGGGAAUACAGGGCCCGAAUUAUGGAGUUGAUGGAACAGCUGUCCGGUGCUGAGAAACUCCUCCGGAGUGCUACGUCGUCGUUUUCCAGCACCAUGUCCCAAUAACACCUUCAAUUACCGAAUUUUUUUGCCUCUUUUAAGGAGAUUUUGUAUAAUUGAAUCAGAAUCUGUAUCUAUAAUUUGGUGUUUGUACUGGCAAAUCCUCCAUUUGCAUUGAAUGGAGGAACAAGUUUUAGGCUUUUUUUGUAGUGUAUAAUGAAAUUGAGUUUUUGUUGAAUAUAAUUAAGGCAUUUGAUA